AUGCUUCGCGGAGUCCGUUGUCGUCACGGCCAUCCACUAUUGGUUCUGCGAUUAUGGCUGACGGGUUUCAUCUUGCGGAGACGGCCCCAGGCAGGUUUCAUCCUAACGUCUCGCCGGCUCUUCCAGGUCACGAAGAGGCCAGCGUACAGGGACAUCUUCGGCAGGGUUGAGCCGCUGAUCAAGAUGGACGUCCUGGUCCACGACAGCGGGCUCACCUACAGCUCUAUGACGAUGGAGGCGUACGUGCCGGCGUGGCGCCGCUGGAUGGCGUGGAUUCUGCGGAUGCAGUUUUUCCGCCAGGGCCAGGUCAUCGUCCAGGGCUCCCGCGGCAUCUUCAAGCUCUGGCGCGUCAUCGGGGACACCCGCGAGACGUUCGAGCACUUGUCGAGGAUCCACUUCAUGCAGAAGAUCGUGGGCCUGAAUGCCCACGAGGGCCAGGAGAAGAUGCGGGCGGAGAAGGAGCAGGGCCAGGACGAGCUGCCCGACCCCACCUGCUCGUGCUGCUGCUGCCCCUACACGCCGCCGCCCGUGGCCAUGAAGGGCGACAACCUCCUCGACCGGUACGCGUACCGAUUCAAGGGCGAGAAGAAUGUCUACACCCGCAAGUUGGCAAUAAGGCCCUCGACGUGCGGCGAGCUCUGCUGCGGCAGGGGCUGCAACAUCGAGUGCAGCUGCUGCUGCUGCUGCCAGCUGGACGAGCUGCUCACCGAGCUGACGAUGAGCACGCACCGGGUCAUCGUGGAGCAGCGUGCCGUGCAGCGAUACUGCCGCUUCUUCGCCUGCUGCCGGACAACGCCAAACUUGCGAGUCACGAUGCUCGCCCACAUUAAGGCCUCGGCGUACUUGCGAGAUCAGCCGUCUCAGGCAUGGGGCUUGCAGAAGCUGCGAAUGGACCUGCAGAUCAAGCUGCUGAACAAAGGCGCGCGCGAGUACCCUGCCGGCUUGAUGCUGAACCAGAAGCCCUACCUCAUUCUCAGCAAGAAGAAUUUGCCAAUCGUGGACAAGCUCUGGGUCGAGAAUAUUUGCUACUUCUACGACCUGAUCACGCAGAGGGUCGAUUUCGAGUCCGACGACGAGGGUGACUCCGAAGAGGAAAACUCCGCAGAUGAGUCGUACGAAGAAGAGGAGCACGACCCGGAUGCGUUUGACAAGGAUCCAAGCUUGUCUGACGGCUCCUCGACGGGCAAGGGCAAGGGCAAGGGCAAGAAAGGUAAGAAGGGCAAGAGCAAGAAGGGCAAGAGCAAGAAGGACGCUGGGCCAGAUCCAUUCCCGUCAGAACUGCAGGACAGCGAUGACUCUGGCGGGGAGCAGGGCGCUUCACCUUCGGCGACGAAGGGUAAGGGAAAGAGCAAGGACAAGAGCAAGAGCAAGAGCAAGACGGGCAAGGACAAGGACAAGGGCAAGAACAAGAAGGGUGCGGAGGACAGAGAUGAGCCCGACGAGGAGGAAGUCGUUUCUGACGAGCCAUCUUCUGCGGCGAAGGGCAAGGGCAAGGACAAGGACAAGAGCAAGAGCAAGAAGGGCAAGAGCAAAAAGGGUUCGCAGGAGCGCGCGCGGCUCCUCGGGGACGACUCGGGGGAGGACUCCCAGUGA